GAGUCAGAGUCAGGACACUCCAGUUGAGAAGGUCUGUGUUCCAGUUCAUCCUAAAGGUGUACGUUGGGGUUGAGUCAGGGCUCAGUGUUCUCUCCAGUUCUUCCAUGCCAACCUUCACCUCUACACCACUGAGCUCAGGGGCUUUGUGCUGGAACAGGGUUCGGGCUCCAGUGAGAAAAAAAACUGUACUAGAAACAUUUUAUAUAACUGUGUGCUUUUUGAUAAAAUGAUCUGACGUCCACAAACUUUUGGUCAUACAGUAUAUUUAAAUGGAAGUUAGAUUUUCGUUUGAUUAUAUUCGUAAGAUUAUCGUUUGGCCAUACUGGACAACAACUCGAUUGACCUUCAAAUUCCAGUCGCAGGGCCCAGUGCUUGUUUUGGGUUUUUUUGUUUUUUGUUUUUUUCUUUUGCGCCAGCUCGUGUCUCUUUUCCGCCCCUAGCGGUCACACCGCGCAACUACAACACCAUCAAGCGAAACGAGGGAGAAAAAAAAAAAAAGACAGGGAUGAACGCCAUGUCUGAUCCCGCCGUGGAGGAGUGAAAGAGAGGGGGGGAAAAUCACAAACGGAGGUGGAGGAAAAGCGUUUGCGGCGGCUGGAGGUGGUUUAUUCGGUGCACGGUGAGAGGGAAGUCCCGCAGCUCGGUCAUGGCGGAGAAUUCCGCGGGAAGUGCGCACGGCUCGGCGGCUGCGAAGGCACAGCUCCGCUCCUCACCGCGCCUCAAGAAACUCGAGAAACUCGCCGUGUACUCUUCCUGCAAGGCUGAAGGAGCUUGUAAGUGUAACGGUUGGAAGAGUCAAAAUCCGCCUCCUACUCCUCCUCCUCCGACCCCGCCCCGGGCGGAGCAGCCCAACUCUGUUAACCUGCUGGAACCUUGCAGGAGCUGCAGCCACCCUUUAGGAGAUCAUGUAACACAUCUGGAGAACGUAGCAGAAGACGAGAUGAACAGGUUACUGGGCAUUGUGCUGGACGUGGAGUAUCUCUACACCUGCGUCCACAAAGAGGAGGAUGCUGACACUAAACAAGUCUACUUCUCUCUCUUUAAGCUGCUAAGGAAAUGCAUCCUGCAAAUGGGAAGGCCCGUGGUGGAGGCUUUAGAGAGUCCGCCGUUUGAGAAGCCCAGCAUCGAGCAGGGAGUGAAUAACUUUGUUCAGUACAAAUUCAGUCACCUUCCAUCUAAAGAGCGACUGACCAUCGUGGAACUGGCCAAGAUGUUCCUCAACCAGAUCAACAUCUGGCAGCUGGAGACUCCGUCGCAGAGACGACAGCGCAUUCCCGUCGAUGAUGCAGCUGGAUACAAGAUCAACUACACCAGGUGGCUGUGCUACUGUAAUGUGCCACAGUUUUGUGACAGUCUCCCGCGCUACGAGGCUACGCAGAUCUUCGGGAGAACUUUACUUCGUUCUGUCUUCACCAUCAUGAGGAAACAGCUGCUGGAGCAGGCCAGGCAGGAGAAGGACAAACUGCCUCCUGAGAAACGAACACUCAUCCUUACACACUUCCCCAAGUUCCUGUCUAUGUUGGAGGAGGAAGUGUACAGCCCCAAUUCUCCUAUCUGGAGCGAAGACUCCAUGGGUGGUGCUUCAGGGGGACAUAUACCAAGAGUAAUCAGUGCGCCGCAGGUUACACGGCCUCUCUACUGCACCACUACGUCCUCUCCUGUGGGGCUGACCGGAACCGGCAGCGUGAGUCCGGUACGCAAAACUGCCUCCGCUCAGGAACCUAGCGCAGGUGGAGAGAAGAGAAAGUCCUCUGAGCUCUUGUCUCAGGAUGACAGUAAGAAAGCUCGGGUCAUGGGAGACAUUCCUAUGGAGCUGAUUAACGAGGUCAUGUCUACCAUCACUGACCCUGCUGCCAUGCUCGGACCGGAGACCAGCCUCCUGUCGGCUCACUCUGCACGAGACGAAGCUGCACGGCUGGAGGAGAGGCGAGGAGUGAUCGAGUUUCACGUCAUCGGUAACUCCCUCAACCAGAAGCCUAACAAGAAGAUCUUGAUGUGGCUGGUGGGCCUUCAGAAUGUGUUCUCUCAUCAGCUGCCCCGAAUGCCCAAAGAGUACAUCACACGCCUCGUCUUCGACCCAAAACACAAGACUCUGUCUCUGAUCAAAGAUGGCCGAGUGAUCGGAGGGAUCUGCUUCCGGAUGUUUCCGUCGCAGGGCUUCACGGAGAUAGUUUUUUGUGCCGUAACCUCCAACGAACAGGUCAAGGGUUACGGGACACACCUGAUGAACCACCUGAAAGAGUAUCACAUCAAACACGAGAUCCUUAACUUCCUCACGUACGCUGACGAGUACGCGAUUGGCUACUUCAAAAAGCAGGGAUUCUCUAAAGACAUAAAGAUUCCUAAAGCCAAGUAUGUGGGCUACAUUAAAGACUAUGAAGGAGCUACGCUCAUGGGCUGCGAACUCAACCCCAGCAUACCGUACACAGAGUUCUCGGUCAUCAUUAAGAAACAGAAAGAGAUCAUUAAGAAGCUGAUCGAGAGGAAGCAGGCACAGAUACGCAAGGUGUAUCCUGGUUUGUCCUGUUUUAAGGAGGGCGUGCGCCAGAUUCCCAUCGAGAGCAUUCCGGGCAUCCGUGAAACAGGGUGGAAACCUGUGGGGAAAAGCAAAGAGGUGAAGGAUCCAGAUCAGCUGUGUAGCACCUUAAAAACCAUUCUCCAGCAGGUUAAGUCCCACCAGAACGCAUGGCCCUUUAUGGAACCUGUGAAGAAGAAUGACGCACCUGGAUAUUACCAAGUCAUUCGCUUUCCUAUGGACUUGAAGACCAUGAGCGAGCGGCUGAAGAGUCGUUACUACACCACGAGGAAGCUGUUCAUGGCGGACAUGCAACGGAUCUUCACUAACUGUCGGGAGUACAACCCUCCUGAGAGCGAGUACUACAAGUGCGCCAACCUGCUGGAGAAGUACUUCUACAUCAAGAUUAAAGAAGCUGGCCUUAUCGACAAGUAGAACCAUCCGAGGGACUCGUCUGCACUUUUUUUCUUUUAAAUCCCUUUCUUGCACUUUUUUCCCCUCCAGUGGCACUCGUCAGACUUUGUAGGAAUUUCCAACAUGAAUUUCCAUAAAAUCGGUUGUAGCACAAAAACGUACGGUCAGCAGAUCUCAGAGACAUAAAGGACAUAAGGUGUGUACAUAGCGUCCUUCAUGUUCCUUGAACAGUUCCCCUGCCAAAAACAAGACAGUGUUGGAGUGAGAACCUGUACACACCUGUAUAUUUUCUAUACUAGAGAGUUCGGCCUCGUGUAGAUGAACAUAUUUUAUACAAACGACGUCGCUCAAAAAAAAAAUACAUUUUCUAUGUAAAAAAAAUCUGCACUUAUUUAAAGAUAUUGUUAUAAAUACAAUGUUUGUAAGGUGAAGGUCCAGAAGGAAACACGCUGACCGGUCGUUGCUCGGCAUCGGACGCAGGACUCGCCGUGUUUGGUCUUAACUUGCUCUACAAGUGAUAAAAGAAACACAACCUUGUAGUUAAAGACAACAGCAAAAGAAAAUGUGCAAUAACUCCUAGAUUUGUUGUUUUGUAAAAUGUUUGUACUUUUAAAUCUUUAGAAAGAGAUGGACUUUGUAUUAUGGCAUUUUAUAGAAUUAUUAAAACUUUAGAUCAAUCAGAA